AUGACAGAACCCUCCUCCAAUGUUACCGUUUCCCUUCUCCCAGUUUCCCUCUCCCUAGUACACAUCCCCCGCUCCCGUCUACCCCACCUAUCACAUCCCGUCCUAAGGCAGAUCUUGCAGCCAAACCCCACCUUCAUCAAUGUCACCUGCAAUGAAAUAGAACUUAGUCUUUUCGCAGAAUCUCACAUGCUAGCUGACUUCGAGCCCGUCGCUAGACGAGACAGGCAAAGGCAACGAUCUCGCUCUGGCUCCGGAUCUAGUUCCAAGCGUGCCCACUCUGUAUUACCCCAAGACCACCUUGAAAUAUCUUACGAAAAGUGGAACGUUCUCCAAAUUGAUUCCCAUUCUGAUCAACUCGACAGCUCCGGCGCCCGUGUACAUGAGCUGUCCGCACCGUUAGCUGCAGCUGGAAUUUCUAUCUUAUAUCAGUCCUCUUACUUGAGCGACUUUAUAUUUGUCAAGGAAUCGAGACUCCAGGAAGUCAUGUCUUUACUCGGGUCAACAGGAUUCGACCUCUAUUCCUCCGACCCGGAACUACUUGCUUCUAGAGUAGUCUCCCCAUUGCUUUCCCCAAUCUCACCCGACGACUCUUCCAUCCCCGAUGUAGCCCAAGACAUCACGGUAGAAUCCGGCGCCAUUCUGACUCGUACAAGGAAUAGCUUGGACACCGUUUCUGCCGCUGCCCUUAAUUUGCAGCACAUAAAUCUCACGACAACACCUGAUGACUCACUAUCAAGCAGUCCGACUCAUCAUAAACCACCUUCGCGUCACAAAUCACACUCCCCGACCUCGGGAGAAGUGCGCGUAUUGACUCCUAACCUCGCUUGCGUUGGCCUUUCUGAUGACAGUGUCGACACAUGGGGACUGAAGAUCGUAAAGCUGGUAGCGUUCCCUGAAUUGAUCCCCACCAAGGAACAACCCUCGCAGUCACGCAAGUCACAGGCUCGCAACCCCCACCCUGCCGACGGAGUUCCGCCAUCGUUGUCAAGUCGAAAACGAUAUUCAGAUUCAUCAGAUUCAUUUUUCUCCUCGAGUGAUGACGACGAAGAAGGCUACUUUUCUCACUCCCCUCUCCGUAACUUGUCGUCUACUUCACUGCAGUCUUCCGCUGCUUCCCGGUCCUUCCCAGACUUGUCUAGUUCUGUCCCUUCUCAAAUGGGAUCUUUCAAACCCUCCGCAAAACACAUCGUUGCAUCACUUGCACCUCUCUCUCCUCUGGAAUCAAAGCCAGCAUCACAUCGUAAUCCCACUUUUCACCAUCUGGACGCAUCGGCUACCACAAAGAAGCCUGCAGAUGAAACCACACGUGGCAUGGUUCCAUUCUUCAGCUUCACCCGUACACAAGAAGGCACCUCAUUAACGACUGAUGUUUCCCUUCUUGCCGCCUUAUUUCCUCCGAAUGAGCGGCAUAUGAUGAUUUGCGCUGGCGAACUCGAUGCUCUUGAUGCGCAAAGUUCAAGUACAGAUUCAGACUCCGAGGACGACGAGGACACGCUUUCAUCAGGUGGUGCCCUUAAAUGCUUGCAGAUCGAUCUGCGUAGAUUCGGGCUUGACAAACAUGGCUUAGUGAACCGUUUUUCGCGAGUCUUGGAACAAAAUGGUAUCAAUCACAUGUAUAGCUCGACCUAUAAAACGGCUAAUCUACUGGUUUCUAAAGCACACGCCAAUCGUGCCCGAGCUUUGUUAAAGGCUUGUUAA